AGGGUUUGCUGUGUGAGGCAGGGCUGUAGGCUAUAUGGCCCAGCACGCGUUUAGUCAAGUCAAGAAUGAGGAAAGGCGCUCAAGGGUCGGAGUGAAGAGGUCCAAAGGGAACUCAGACGACUCAUGUCAAGUCGACUCCGUUACUCUCCAGCCAUGGGAACUUUUUUAAACGGUCUGGUGAUACUGUUUCUCUUUUUGUCAUCGGCAUCAAACGUUUUCGGUUCCAACAUCUGCACAUCAAGAGGAGUCACUACUUGUCAACAGUGCUUGGCAGUUCACCCUAGCUGCGCAUGGUGCUCUCAGGAGGAGUUUGGAAAGGGGGGCUCCGGUGCGUCCCGCUGUGACCUGAAGGAGAAUCUGCUAAAUGUAGGGUGCAGUAAUUCGGCUUUGGAGUUUCCCUCCAGUACCCUGACUAUUCAGGAGGACACACCGCUCAGUGACAAGGCCUCUGGGACUGCAGACGAUGUCACUCAAAUAAAGCCUCAGAAACUCCAUAUAGUACUAAGACCAGGUGAUGCUAAGCGGUUCACUGUAUCAGUGAAACAGGUGGAGGAUUACCCAGUGGACCUUUACUAUCUCAUGGAUCUUUCCUAUUCAAUGAAGGAUGACUUGGUUCGCCUUCGCACCUUGGGCAAUGAGCUUGCUGUGACCAUGGGCCGCACCACAAGCAACCUACGCAUGGGGUUUGGCGCCUUUGUGGACAAGACCACGUCCCCUUAUAUGUAUACCUAUCCUCCAGAGGCAGUGGAAAACCCAUGCUAUGGAAUUGGAGAUCAAUGCCAGGCUCAGUUCGGGUUCAAGAAUGUGCUGUCACUGACGGAGAAGGUAGCUCGUUUCACUGAGGAGGUGGAGAAACAGAAGGUGUCUAGAAAUAGAGAUGCUCCAGAGGGUGGAUUUGAUGCUGUCAUGCAGGCUGUGGUUUGCAAGGAGAAGAUUGGCUGGCGUGCGGAUGCCUCCCACCUUUUGGUAUUCACCACUGAUGCCAAAUCUCACAUCGCUCUGGAUGGACGUAUAGCUGGAAUUGUCCAGCCCAAUGAUGGACAAUGUCACCUUGAUAAUGAAAACACUUACAACAAAGCUACUGUGCUGGAUUAUCCCUCCUUGGCGCUCAUGACAGAAAAAAUGUCCGAAAACAACAUAAAUUUAAUUUUUGCCGUCACCAGCUAUGUGGUGCCGCUCUACAAGAAUUACAGUCAGCUCAUUCCAGGCACAACUGUAGGAAUGCUGUCCGAUGAUUCUGGGAAUGUUAUUCAGCUCAUUGAGGAGGCUUAUGCGAAAAUUCGCUCUAAAGUGGAGCUGGAGCUACUGGGAGUCCCAGAAGAGUUGAAUCUCUCCUUCAAUGCCACCUGCCUAAAAGGAGAGGUCACCCCUGGACUUAAGUCUUGCUCUGGCCUCAAGAUCGGAGACACAGUGUCAUUCAGCGUGGAGGCUCAGUUGCGUGGCUGCCCCAAAGAGAAACACCGCACUUUUACCAUCAAACCUCGAGGCUUCAAGGAUUCACUGGAGGUCACGGUGGAUUUUGCCUGUGGCUGCAACUGUGAGGCAAAAGCUGAGGCCAACAGCUCCCUCUGUAGCAAGGGCAAUGGGACCUACGAGUGUGGUGUGUGUCAGUGUCACCAGGGUCGUCUUGGCCCACGAUGUGAGUGUUCAGUGGAGGACUACAGUCCAUCUGAUGAUGUCAACUGCAUCUCGCAGACAGGGGGCCAAAUCUGCAGCAGGAGAGGCGACUGUUUGUGCGGACAGUGCUCCUGCCAUGCAAAUGAGUUUGGUCAGGUGUGGGGCAAAUACUGCGAAUGUGACGACUUCAACUGCUUGCGUUUCAAAGGGGCACUGUGUUCCGCUCAUGGGAAGUGUAACUGUGGAUUCUGCCAGUGUGAUGCUGGCUGGGAAGGAGAAAACUGUAACUGCACCACACGCAAAGACACCUGCACAUCCAGCAUCGGCCUGCUGUGCACCGGCCGUGGUAACUGCGAGUGUGGGGUUUGUCAAUGCACACAACCUGGUGCCUACGGUGCAACCUGUGAGAAAUGCCCCACCUGUCCCGAUUCCUGCACUAUAAAACAGCAUUGUGUUGAGUGUCAGCACUUCAAGAGAGGACAGUACACAGAAGACAAUAGCUGCAGCAGAAUCUGCAAAGAUGAAAUUAAAGUAGUGGAUGAACUGGGUUUCCAUGCUAAAAAUGCAGUGAAUUGCUCAUACAAAGAUGUGAAUGACUGUGUGGAGCACUUCCAGUAUUACGAAGAUGAAAGUGGCAAAUCCAUUCUGUUUGUGGUAAAAGAGCCAGAGUGUCCUGAGGGUGCAGACGUCUUAGUGGUGCUCUUGGCAGUGGCCGGAGCAAUCUUGCUAUUGGGCCUUGUUGGCCUGCUCAUCUGGAAGCUGCUGGUCACCAUUCACGACCGCAGAGAGUUUGCCAAGUUUGAGGAGGAGAGAGCCAAAGCCAAAUGGGAUACGGCUAACAAUCCUUUGUAUAAAGGAGCCACGUCCACCUUCACCAAUGUAACGUACCGAGGCAACUAACAACUAAAUCCAGUGAGAAAAACUCAGGGGUCAGCGACAGAGAUGGAAUGUAGUAGCACAGAAAUGGAUGAGAAAGAUCCUUUACACUGUCAUAUGACCGACUACUGUAGCUGAAAAGUAGUUAUCGCUGUCAACAACAUGAUGUAAUAAUUGCACAUACUGUAUAUAACUAUCAAUUUACAGUAAGGGAAACUGCUGCUGAAAAUCUGUCACUUUUUUGUUCUUUUUAGUAGGCUCGUCUAUCAUUACGGUGUUUGGUGUAUAAGUUUAGUUUUGUUCACAUUUUAAAAUAGAAAUAGAAAUUCACCAUGACCUAAUACUAAUAGGUCGGUAUGGAAAUGAGCAUGAAUGAAUGGACAUUUGUAGUUCCUCUUUAGUGUCCACCGUGCUUGAUGUAUUAUCUAAAGCCUUGUUUUUAGAAAAUAGGGUUAUAUUCAUCAAAGUCAUUUGCUCUUGUGCAGCUGCAGCCUAUUUUAAAGUUUAUUUUUUACUAAAAUGAAAAGAGCAGUUUCUAACAGCAAAAUGUCAAUGUCAAUGUGUAUUUUAAUUAAUUAUUAAAACAUGACCAAUUCCCUUUUGAUAAUAUAAACGUGUUUGUUGUAAUGAUUUUGACAUGAAUGCAGCACUCUGUGUGGUUACAGUUAACUGUAAAAAGGAGUAAAAAAAUGUACGUACGUAACAGUUUACAGUGAUGUUCAUGGUCUAUAUUGUUUUCAAAAUGCAUGUAAGCAAUGGUAACUCUAAACAUGCUUUCACAUGUUUCUUUCUCACUGCAUCAUCACCUGUUUUUGUGUUUGCUGGGCUUUUUUACUGUUCAUUUUAUUUGUAAGAUUGUAUGAACAAAUUGUGUUCUAUCUUGCCAAUUGUGUGAUAUAUUUCAAUUUUCCACUGACCCGGACUGUGUUACACUGAAAUGCAAUAUUCCUCAUUUGUGCAUAUGAGCAGAUUGUAUUGCACAUCGAAUCAUAGGCCUCCUCUUGCUCAUUUUUAACCACUAUAUGGAAGAAAAGAGUGCAAUGUGAAGUGUUUUUUGGUUGUACAGCGCUGAUUGUCCCUCAGGACAUGGCCUGCUCAUUGCAUAGAUAUCUGGUUUGUUGUUUUGCAGUUUCUAAAUAAACCUGGGGUUCCUCUCUCAUAGUUCACAGAGGAAUUACAUACAUAUACAUUAUACCUGACUUGAAAAAACAUGAAUGACAAGUUAUUUGAGAUUCAUAUUUCAGAUCUGUAGAAAUGUUACAAUUUCUGAAAUAGAAUAAUGUAUUUCACUCUUUGUUUUCACUGUGUGACGGUUGGCUUUACAUUUUUUUUAAACAUAAUAAAUAUCAUUAAUGCCCAGUGUGA